AUGAGAGAACGGCGUUGCAACACUUUCAGACCCAAAAUGGAGGAAGAACGUGUCUCUUCGUUUGCUGAAAGCGUCUCAAAGCUUUUGGAAGGCAAGGAUAAGGAGACAGAAAAUAUGGCUGCAAGAUAUUUGUGCUUGCAGGAAGUAGACAGCUUAUACAUGUACUUUCCUUCUUUUGAAGGGGCAGAUCUAGAAGGAAAGCUGUCUGCCGAUCACCAGAUAAGUAGGUUCUGGAAGACUAGGUUUGAACUUCGCGAGGGAUGUGCCAGAACAAGGGACAGGUAUGAAGACGUUGUAGACAGCUUCUUAGUGCUUGAUGCUAAAUAUGGAAUGCUGGGAAUGCUGGAGGAGCAAAUGGCCCUGAUUGAUGAGAUAAGAAGAAUUUAUGGCAUGACGUCGCACAAAUCGUCAAGGAAAAGAAAAGUAAGAGAAUAUAAGCUGCAUGGUACGUUGUGCCUUCAUCCAAGGAUAAGGAGCACAAAAUACACUUCGCUGUUCGACCCAAGAGUGGUAGUGAAAGAAAUAGUCUUCGAAGAAAUUAAGAUAUUCCCAUCAUCAACGUUUCCAAUUCUUGUGCCUAUGGAUACGGAUAAGGGCAUUUCUCGGAUCAUAUACAAGAAGGGGGAUGACCUUACUAAAGACCUAUUUGUGCUUGAAACAAUAAGGUACAUAUCAAGAUUGAUAGGAAUGGACCUGGUUACAUAUAAAGUUAUACCGCUGAGUAGAGAGGAAGGGAUUGUAGAGGUGGUGGAUGGAACAGACUUUACAAAAAUCAGAAAAAGAGGAGAUCUGGAACGAUAUAUAGAAGAAGAGGAGUGCUCUGGCGGUGUCCAGGGUCCCGAAAAGAAAAAGGUGUUUGUAGACACUGUCUGUGGGUACUCAGUUGCGUGUUAUGUAAUGGGAGUUGGAGACAGAAACCCGGGUAAUAUGAUGAUUUCCAGGGAUGGAAGGUUCUUUCAUGUUGAUUUCAGCUAUGUGUUUGGCAAUGAUCCGAAGUAUAUCUCACCUAGAAUAACGAUUGCAAGUCCCAUAUGCGAUUAUCUAGCAAAUGACGAGAUGGCCUACCAGAACUUUCUUGCAAAGUCACAGGAGGUAUUUCUCCAGAUAAGGAGGUCGUCGAAAAAGAUCUUUGUGUUGUGGUGUAUUCUGGCCCGGAACAAGAUAUUUCAACUUGACCUCGACAAGACCAUUUCGUUUGCAAGAGCUAGGCUAAAGCUGGAGAUGACCGAAAAAGAGGCAUUGAGGCAUUUUGAAAGGGAAAUCAAAGGCGCCGUUGGGAGCUUCAAGACGUCCUUGGUGCAUUUCAUGAAUAGAGUGGGGAUACUCUUCAGAAGAUGA